AUAGUUGGAGAGGUAUCAAAACAAUUGGAGAACGUACACAAAAUAAUUGUUAAACAAAGAAUGAGUCCAGUGGCUGCAACGAGGUGGUGCCCAACGCCGGAGCAACUGAUGAUCUUGGAAGAGAUGUACCGGAGCGGCAUACGGACUCCUAAUGCGGUGCAGAUACAGCAAAUCACAGCCCACUUAGCUUUUUAUGGACGUAUCGAAGGCAAAAACGUCUUUUACUGGUUUCAGAACCAUAAGGCGAGAGAUAGACAAAAGCUGAGGAAGAAACUUGCUAAGCAACUUCACCAACAACAACAUCAUCUCCAACUCCAGCUCCAACAAAUCCAGCCUAAAUCAAUGUCGAUGAUGCCUCAACCACUUAGUAACAUCAUUGAUCACCAUAAUCAUUACCAACAUCAUCAUAAUCAUCAUCGUUCUUAUGAUCACAUGUCUUUCGGUUGCUGCUCUCAGGGCAUUGGAGUAGAAGCUCAAAGCAAAGUGCUAAGUGAACAUUACUGCAACAAAAGUGGACAUGAGGAUAUGUUGAUGCAAAGACCAAUCACGGGUCAAAACACUUCGUACGGUCGAGAUUGGAUGAUGAUGAUGGACAUGGGCCCACGACCAUCAUAUCCCUCAUCAUCAGUACCCGUUCCAUAUUGCAACAUGAUGAUGAUGAACAGUCCAAAGAUACCACUAAAAACCCUUGAACUCUUCCCAAUCUCAUCCAUCAACUCCAAACAAGACAGUUCCAAACUUUAAAGAAAAGACAACAACAAAAGAGAAUCUGCAGGUGUGUCAUUCAUGUAUGAUGCGUCAAAGACUAAUACGAAGACACGUGUAUUUGGGGGUAAAUUAAUAGCCACUGGAUAAGAUUACAUGAUAUUUCUCCCUUUUCUUUCUUAUGUCUCUAUCUCAGCAGUAGAGUUAAUGGGAAGUUUUAAUAAUUUAUAGAAAGAUGUUUUUUACAAGUUGCUUGAUGGAGUUGGGACUUGGGAGUUAUUAUGAGUUGUAAAAUUGGGUAUCUUGGUUUCUGUAGUUGCAUGCAUGUGUAGGCUUGUCUUUAGGACUAGACAAUGAGAAAGUUCUCCUUUGUCUAAUAUGUAACUUCACUCUUUAUUUUGAUGUGGUCACCUUUCGCUUUGAUGUGUACCAGGAUUCUUCCCUUUUUGUU